AUGAUUCUGUUCGGGACUGUGCUAGUUCUUUUCUUCACAGAUGCGUUGCCAUCCGCAGCACCCAUCUUCCCCUUCCUACCAUCGUCCACCGACUGUGUUGAAGCUCAUCGGGUGUGCUCUGCCGACUCCCAGUGUGAGGCAUUGUACAGGGGCUUGGAGCUGUGUGGGGCUGACGCAGCGGUGUCCCCCCUAGGGGAGCAGGCGGCAGCUGAGUGCCUGGAAAGACAGGAUGCUCUGCUGGCCAAACACCCCGCUCUGUUGGCCUGCAAGUGCCAGCGUGGCUUUCGUAAGGAGGAGCAGUGCCUGCGCAUAUACUGGAGGGUGCGCCUGCUGCCAGGGGAGGAUGAGCUGGAAAUAUCUCCCUAUGAUGACACACUAAUGGAUACUCGCAUGGCCUCCUUGGUAGCAGCCUCAUCUUUCAUGCAACUGGAUGGUGAGAACCAGUGUCUGAAAGCAGCACAGGACUGUGGCUUGUACGAAAAGUGUGGUUCCCUGCGAUCAGAGUAUGUCCUGGCCUGCACCAAGCGGAUUCCUGGGUCCAACCGAUGCAACCAGCAUAAGUGCCACCGUGCUCUCCGGCGCUUCCUGGAGCGGGUGCCUGAGGAGUACAGCCUGGGUGUCCUGUUCUGCCCCUGCACCAACACCCUGUGUGGUGAGAGGAGGAGGAAAACCAUCGUACCCUCCUGCUCCUACCAGGAGAUGGAGGAACUACAACCUAACUGCCUCCACCAGCAGAGUUUUUGUCGCCGAGACGACCUCUGCAGGUCCAGACUGGCUGAUUUCCUUAAUAACUGCCAGCCAUCUCCUCUGACGGCCAGCGGCUGUCUGAAAGACUCAGCAGGCCUCUGCCUCCGAGCCUACGCUGGACUCAUUGGUACCAUCAUGACGCCUAACUAUGUCAGUAACAGCUCUGCUGAUGUGUCACUGUCGUGCAACUGUGAAGGCAGCGGCAACCAGUGGCAGGACUGUCUGAGACUACAGCGGAUGUUCACUCACAACACCUGCCUGCGUAACUCGAUCAGUUGGAUGGGGAGUCCCAGCUCCCUGCCUGCAGACAUCACCCCCCCCCCUGCUCCCAGACCCUCCCCGUUGGUUCAGGAGGAUGAGCUGCUGAGCAACAACCACCUGCCUGAAUACAACAACAUUGUGGUGGAGAGCAAGGAAGAAGAGGAACUGAAACAGACAGAGGAAGAGGGUGAUGAAGUUGGCCAGUUUGACAUCAUCCCGCUGUACUCAGAGAGGGCAACUGUCUCCAACUUGGGCUCCUCUGGGACUGGGGUGGCUGCCUCCCUCAACACUGGCCCUGCUAAACCCAUACUACUGCUCCUUCUCCUCCUAUCUGCCUCCCUCAGCUGGGGGUAGAGCACGGGAUAUAGAGAACACACACACAAACACAAACACAUGCACAUGCAUACACUCACAUUAAAUGGACCCUUCAACAAUCCUGGACUGAUUGCUGUAAAUUAUAAGAAACACAGUGAAGAAAUGGACUUCACCUUUUGUCAGUAGCAUCCCUUCAAUUCUUCACUUCUAUCUUUUCUUCCUUCCUUCCCUCCUUUAAAAAUGGCACUUUGGUAAACAUGGUCUGACUGCAGCUGCAGUGGUGUAUUCUGACAGCACAGGAGACCUAGCUGUGGCAGAGCGUUCGCAUGCUACCAUCAAUCAAUGAGCAUUAUGUGGCUCCUACCAUAGGUCCAGAAAUAUUACUUUAGUUUAAGUGACUUGCUCAGUUGUUAGCAUGCAAAUAUUGGCAAUAUUAGAAGGUAUAUUGAGAUAAGUAGAGAAUAAGGUUAUGAUUGGAAUGUCUUAUAAUUUGCAGAAAUUAUUUAUUUGCCCAAAUAUUUUAGGGAAAGUGGAAUUAAGUAAAUACUGUAUAUCGCACUUCAAACUAAUUGGUUUCUGGAAAUGACAAUGAACAAGUAAAUGUGAAUACUGCUGAAAGACAUUAGACUCUCCUCCUUUCUCAGAAUAUAUUAUCCAUGAUACAGAUUCAAAUGGGAAAUAACAGAUCAUGCAGAGAAAAAUAUUUCUAUUGAAUAAAGAAAUUGUUAAUGUUUCUUUUAUUAAUCAGACCUACAGAUCAAGUUUUUUAAUUUGAUAGUGAAUAUGAAAAACAAAAUCUAAAACUUGUGAGUAAUAUGCUUGAAUCUACUGAAUCAAUUAUUUGUCUGUGCAUUUUGUUAUAAAACUGCAGUUAUGUUGUGAUGCAGUUUCAGAUCAG